AUGUUGCCUCUACUGCUGCGGCCGACCUCGUUGGUCUUGUGUCGUUCGGUGCGGCGUCUACCCCUAGCGGGAGACGCCGCCCUGGCAAGGGCAAGGGGGGCAGGGGCGCUGGAGGAGCUAGCGGGGGCGGUGGAGGCGGAGGUGGAGGUGGCGGAGGGGGUGGGAGUGGCGGUGGGGGUGGUGGCGGGGGUGGAGGUGUCGGUGGCGGCAGUGGAGGCGGAGGCGGCGGCGGUGGUGGUGGUGGGAGCGGAGGUGGCGGAGGUGGCGGCGGUGGAGGAGGCGGUGGCGGAGGAGGUGGAGCUGGUUGGGGUGGCAGCUGCGCAGAGGGUCGGCUCCGGUGGUGGUCAACGCCAGCAGCAAGCAAGCAGCAGCGCACUCGUGACAUCCCCCCCCUGGGCAUUGAGACUGCUGCUCUAG